CCACGGCUUCUCCAGACUCUUUCACGUCUGUCACAUGUGCUCAGGGUGAACCUGCUCUCAUCUGUGAAAAGCAAAUUUAUCCUUCUUGGACUCUCCAGUAGUCCCAAUAUACAAAUCAUACUUUUUGUGAUAUUCUUGAUCAUGUACAUGAUUAUUUUGAGUGCAAAUUCUCUUAUCAUCUUGGCCACGGUCACUGACAGCGCUCUUCACACUCCCAUGUAUUUUUUCCUCACUUAUCUAUCUAUCUUAGACAUCUGCUAUUCAUCCACACUUAUACCGCGGAUGCUGAGAGAUAUGUUGUCAGCCAAAAAGAAUAUUUCCUUUGCAGAAUGUGGUACACAAAUGUCCAUGUACAUAGCUCUUUCGUUGGGGGAAACAGAAUGUGUUCUUUUAGCCAUAAUGGCCUAUGACCGCUAUAUAGCAAUUUGUUAUCCUUUACACUAUACUUCGAUCAUUAAUAGAACCUUGUGUAUCAAGAUAGCUGCUGGAACUUGGAUUUGUUCAUUACUCCUAUCUAGUGUUCCUGUUGCCCUGGCGUUUAGUGCCGAUCUUUGUGGAAAUAAUGAAAUUAACCACUUUUUGUGUGAAAUACCUGGAAUCUUAUCAUUGGGAUGCGGGAAUUUUAAAAUGGUUGAACUUGUGAUUUUUGUUAAUAGUAUCAUUGUUUUAAUUAUACCCAUUAGUUUUAUUAUUGUUACAUAUUUUAAAAUACUAAGAGCCAUUUUUAGAAUAAACCUUUCUGCUGGACAAAGAAAGGCCUUUUCCACAUGUGGCUCUCAUAUAACUAUUGUUAUCUUGUUCUAUGGCUCAGCUAUAGCUACUUAUAUGAGACCUCAAUCCUAUGGAUCUCGUGAUGUAGAUAAACUUUUUGCCAUCUAUUAUGCAACAGUUAUACCGAUGUUGAAUCCAUUGUUUUAUUCACUACGGAAUAAGGACGUUAAAUCAGCACUAAAAAAGGUUUUGUGUAAACAUGUAUAG